CUGGGUUUUCUUUUCCAAUUCCAUGUAGUGAUUUCUAACUCAUUUUUGGCUCUGAACUGGAUUGUUCACCAUUUUAGGGGUCUGGUACGGGCGAAGUGCUAGCUGAUGGUGGAGUCCCGGAACAUUUUUGACUUAUAUGAAGAAUAAUGAAGCUACAGGCACAUAUUUCGGGGCAGAUAUCAGGACAGGUACCUAAUCAAGCAGGGUCUCAGUUGCCUGGACUGACCCAAGUGAAUGGGAAUGCCAUCCCUCCUCAGAUGCCAACUUUAGGUGGUAUACAACGUUCAACAAUUAAUAUGGAUCCUGAAUUUCUAAGAGCACGUUCAUUUAUUCAAGAAAAGAUCUGGGAUAUGUUAUUGCAACGACAACCGCAGCCAGUUACAGAAGUACAGAGAAGGAAGUAUAAAGAUCUUGCAAAACGCCUAGAGGAGGCCAUGUUGAAAGCUGCUCUCUCUAAGGAGGAUUACAUGAAUUUGGAAACCCUAGAGAGUCGUUUAUCAAAUGUCAUCAUACGAGCAUCUAUGAAUAAUCACAACCAACAGUAUCCGCAGCUUGUUAGCUCUUCUCCAAUUGGUACAAUGAUACCAACCCCUGGUAUGUCGCAUGUUCCAAAUUCAAACAUGGUGGUUGCAUCGUCUAUGGAUGCCUCAAUGAUUUCUGGCAGUGGUUGUAAUAGCAUAGUAUCAACAUCUUUCAAUAGUGUAAGCAUGUUACCAGCUGCUGGCAUGCUUGGCAGUUCCUUAAAUAGAUCUGAUGGUUUGUCUAAUGGUUAUCAGCAGUCUUCUACGAGCUUUUCUGUUGGCUCAGGGGGGAAUAUGUCAUCAAUGGGGGUGCAAAGAAUUGCAAGCCAGAUGAUUCCCACUCCUGGAUUUACUGUCAGCAGUAAUCACUCACACAUGAAUAUAGAUUCUACUACUACUGUCAAUGCCUUUUCCAGUGUAGAGUCUACAAUGGUCUCACAGUCACAGUUGCAGCAGCAGAAGCUGCAUGUUGGUGGCCAAAAUAGUCAUGUUUUGCAGAACCUUAGCAGCCAAAUGGGUAGUGCAAUGAGAUCUGGUUUACUACAAAAAUCAUUUGCAAACUCAAAUGGUGCUAUAAAUAGUGGGCUAGGCUUGAUUGGAAACAAUAUACUUGUAAACGAAACUGGCACUUCUGACAGCUAUGCCUCAACUUAUGCUAAUUCCCCUAAACACAUACAGCAGCACUUUGAUCAAAAUCAGAAACCAAUAGUGCAGGGUGAUGGAUAUGGAUUGAAUAAUGUUGACACUUUUGCUUCUGGAAACUUCUAUGCAUCUGCGACAUCCUCUGGGUCUAUGAUGAACUCUCAGAACACGAAUUCAGUAAAAUUGCCAUCAAUACCCAAAACUACCUCAUUGAUAAGUGGUCACUCGAAUUUGCACAGUAUGCAGCAGGCUGCUCAUAUAAAGUCUCAAGCAAUUAAUCAGUUGGAAAAGUUGAAUUUUCAGUCUUCAUUGACUUCAAGAGACGGCCUUCUGCAUUCUCAGCAGCAAUAUCAGCAAAGGCCCCAACAAUUUCAACAGCCAGAGCAGUUUGCACAACAGCAAUUUCAACUGAAGCUGCAAAGUCAACUGACUCAGCAUUUGGUCAACAGUGAUACUUUCAGUCAGUCUCAGCCGUCUUGCAAUGUAGAAGAAAAUCGAGUGAAGUCUGAGCCUGGAAUAGAACACCAUAAAGAAGUGCUCAAUUCUCACGUUUCUGAAAAGUUCCACAUGUCUGACAUGCAUAUACAGUUCCAGCCGAACUCAUCCGAAGAUUGCUCUAGAGGUGCUCAGCAUCUUUCAUUUCCAUCUGGGCAGCAUGAUUUAUCCUCAUCAACAACUCCAAGUUCGCAACAAAUGGUGCACCCACACCAAUUGGUUGCAGAGCCUCAAAAUAAUUUUAGCUGUCUUACUGUUGGGGCACAAUCCAAACCAGUAGUUCUAAACCAAUGGACUCAAUCACAUGAUGGAAACCACGUGCCUGACAAUAUUUCACAUGACCAGCAUCUCCAAAUGGAUUUCUAUCAAAGAAUAUCAGGGCAAGAUGAAGCACAGUGCAAUAAUUUAUCAUCUGAUGGAUCUAUUAUUGGUCAAGCUGUUCCUUCUAGAGGCUCAGCUGAGCUGCUAGACUCAGGAAGUGCUAUCAAAAAGGAGCACAGGAAUCAACAGAGGUGGCUUUUAUUUCUACUUCAUGCAAGACGAUGUCCUGCCCCUGAAGGACGAUGCCAAGAACGCUUUUGUUCUAUUGCGCAAAAGUUAUGUAAGCAUAUAGAUGGAUGUACCCUACGUCAUUGUCCAUAUCCUCGUUGUCAUCAUACCAGGGAAUUGCUUCAUCAUUUCAAAAAUUGCAGAGAUCCAUGUUGCCCUGUAUGUGUUUCUGUCAGAAAUUAUCGACGUGCAUUUCAACUCAAGCCUCAAAUUCGGCUGGAACCUGAAUCUAGUUUGCCAGUUGCAGGAAAUGGAUCCUGUAAAUCCUACAAUACUGUAGACGCAUCACCUAGAUUGAUCUCGAAGCCUCUAUUAGUUGUUGAAACUUCAGAAGACCUGCACCACCCAUCUCUAAAACGUAUAAAGAUUGAGCAUUGCAUCCAGUCUGUUAAUCCUGAAAAUGACAAUUCUGCUUCAUCUGUUUCUGCAAAUUGCGAAUCUCAUGUUUCUAGGGAUGCACAGUCCCAAGCUUAUCCCAAUGCUGAGAAGUCUAUCUCAAUUAAAUCUGAGCUAACAGAACUUAAGGAGGAAGCUCCUGCACAUUUGGUGCAUGAAAAGCUUAGCGAGAUGAAGAUGGAUAAUAAUAAUGCAGAUGAUAAACUACCUGGUGGUGAACCUGCUAAUUUUGCUAGGCCAGAAAAUAUUAAAACGGAUAAAGAAACUGGACGAGAUAAGCAAGAAAAUGUGAUGCAGCCAUCUGAAAAUGCAGCUGGAACCAAGUCUGGUAAGCCCAAAAUAAAGGGGGUCUCAUUAACUGAAUUAUUUACUCCAGAGCAAGUCAGGGAGCAUAUCGCUGGCCUCAGGCAAUGGGUUGGCCAAAGCAAAUCAAAAGCAGAGAAGAAUCAAGCAAUGGAGCAUUCGAUGAGUGAGAACUCCUGUCAAUUGUGUGCUGUAGAGAAGCUUACGUUCGAACCACCUCCUAUUUAUUGCACAACUUGUGGGGUUCGCAUUAAGCGAAAUAAUAUGUAUUAUACCAUGGGUACUGGUGAUACAAGGCAUUAUUUUUGCAUUCCAUGCUAUAAUGAUGCUCGUACAGAGAGCAUCAAUGUUGAUGGCACUCCCGUUGCGAAGUCAAGAUUGGAAAAGAAGAAGAAUGAUGAGGAAACCGAGGAAUGGUGGGUUCAAUGUGAUAAAUGCAAUGCUUGGCAACAUCAAAUUUGUGCCUUAUUUAAUGGUAGGAGAAAUGAUGGUGGAGAAGCUGAAUACACUUGCCCUAACUGCUAUAUUCAAGAGGUAGAAAGAGGAGAGCGCGAGCCUUUACCCCAAAGUGCUGUACUUGGAGCCAAGGAUUUGCCUAGAACUAUUCUCAGUGACCAUAUAGAACAAAGAUUAUUUAAACGGCUAAAGCAUGAAAGACAAGAGAGGGCGAGGCUUCACGGGAAAAGUUAUGAUGAGGUGCCUGGAGCUGAAGCUCUUGUUGUAAGAGUUGUGUCAUCUGUUGACAAGAAGUUAGAAGUAAAGCAGCGGUUUUUGGAGAUUUUUCAGGAAGAAAAUUACCCAACUGAAUUCCCAUAUAAAUCCAAGGUAAUAUUGCUGUUUCAAAAGAUUGAAGGUGUGGAAGUAUGCCUAUUUGGCAUGUAUGUCCAAGAAUUUGGAUCUGAAUGUCAAUUCCCCAAUCAGCGCCGGGUGUAUCUAUCAUAUUUGGACUCUGUGAAGUAUUUUAGGCCUGAAGUUAAAGCAGUGACUGGAGAGGCUCUUCGGACAUUUGUUUACCAUGAAAUUCUGAUUGGAUACCUUGAAUAUUGCAAAAAGCGUGGUUUCACAAGCUGUUAUAUAUGGGCCUGUCCUCCAUUAAAGGGUGAAGAUUAUAUUUUAUAUUGUCAUCCAGAAAUUCAGAAAACACCAAAAUCCGAUAAGCUUCGAGAAUGGUAUCUAUCCAUGCUAAGAAAAGCUGCCAAGGAGAAUAUUGUGGUCGAUCUUACCAACUUAUAUGAUCAUUUCUUCGUAUCUACUGGUGAAUGUAGGGCUAAGGUUACAGCUGCAAGACUCCCAUAUUUUGAUGGUGACUACUGGCCUGGGGCUGCAGAGGAUUUGAUUUAUCAGCUUCGCCAGGAGGAAGAUGGUAGAAAACAAAAUAAGAAGGGAACAACUAAAAAAUCCAUAACAAAAAGGGCUUUAAAAGCGUCUGGUCAGUCAGAUCUUUCAGGAAAUGCCUCGAAAGAUCUGCUUCUCAUGCACAAACUUGGUGAAACCAUUUGCCCGAUGAAGGAAGAUUUUAUUAUGGUUCAUUUGCAGCAUGUAUGUACUAACUGUUGUAUUCUAAUGGUGUCUGGCAACCGUUGGCUUUGCAACCAGUGCAAGAAUUUUCAGAUUUGUGAUAAGUGUUAUGAAGCAGAACUAAAGCGUGAAGAGAGAGAAAGACAUCCUAUUAAUCAGAGGGAGAAACAUACUCUUUAUCCAGUUGAAAUUACUGAUGUACCAUCUGAUACAAAGGACAAAGAUGACAUUCUUGAGAGUGAAUUCUUUGACACUAGACAAGCAUUUCUGAGUCUCUGCCAGGGAAAUCAUUAUCAAUAUGAUACACUAAGGCGGGCCAAGCAUUCCUCAAUGAUGGUCCUCUAUCAUCUUCAUAAUCCAACUGCUCCUGCAUUUGUGACAACUUGUAAUAUAUGUUAUCGUGACAUAGAAACUGGUCAAGGUUGGCGUUGUGAAGUUUGCCCUGAGUAUGAUGUAUGCAAUGCUUGUUAUCAUAAGGAUGGAGGCAUUGACCAUCCUCAUAAGUUGACAAAUCAUCCGUCAAUGGUUGAUCGUGAUGCUCAGAACAAAGAAGCAAGGCAGCUUCGAGUAUUGCAGCUUCGAAAAAUGCUUGAUCUCCUUGUGCAUGCUUCCCAAUGUCGUUCUGCACAUUGCCAAUAUCCAAAUUGUCGCAAGGUGAAGGGGCUUUUCCGCCAUGGGAUGCAUUGCAAAACACGUGCUUCCGGGGGCUGUGUUCUUUGUAAGAAGAUGUGGUAUUUGCUUCAACUUCAUGCUCGUGCUUGCAAAGAAUCUGAUUGCCACGUACCACGUUGCAGAGAUUUAAAAGAACAUUUAAGGAGGUUGCAGCAACAGUCUGAUUCACGGCGUAGAGCUGCUGUAAUGGAAAUGAUGAGGCAGAGAGCCGCAGAAGUUGCCAACAAUGCUGGAUGAACAAUUUUUACAUGUAAAUAUGGGGCGCUUUGAAGAAAUGCUCUAGACAGAGGUAGACAUUAGCUUCACCUAUACCCUGACAGCAGUUAUUGUUUUUUGCGAUUGGAAUACAUAGGAUAUACGACAGCCUUGCAGGUUCGCUUGUCUAUCUCCACAUAAUUGUCCCAAGAGAAGAUCUGAGUUCAGCCAUACAGUGCUGCUGCCCUCUCUGCGAGGACUAACCAGGUCCAGCGGGUUAUGAAGUGGUGUGUAUGUUUUUGUGGGCCGAUUUAGUGAUUCUUUGAUUUUGUCAAUUUGUAUUAUGUCAAAUGCCAUCCUUUGGUGGCGGGUCCUAAUUAAUCUCAAAUUUCUUAUGGGAGGGAGGUUGGUAUCAAGCCGUUUUUAGUUUACCCUUUCAAAAAUUUACGGCAUUUUGUAAAAUCUUUUAUUUUAAAGAUGAAAGUAAAUAAUUAGAAU